AGCUGGGGGGGAUCUCGGGCCCGCGGCGGCGGCGGCGGCGGAGGCGGCGGCGGUGAGCGGGGCUCGGCCCCUCCUCGGGCCGGGGGCGGCUGGGGCCCGGGCCCGCGCCUCCUCCCCCCGGCGCCCGUGGAGGGGGGAGGAGGAAGAUGGAGACCCACAUCUCGUGCCUGUUCCCAGAGCUGCUGGCCAUGAUUUUCGGCUACCUGGACGUCCGGGACAAGGGGCGCGCGGCGCAGGUGUGCACAGCCUGGCGGGACGCCGCCUACCACAAGUCGGUGUGGCGGGGGGUGGAGGCCAAGCUGCACCUGCGCCGCGCCAACCCGUCCCUGUUCCCCAGCCUGCAGGCCCGCGGCAUCCGGCGGGUGCAGAUCCUCAGCCUGCGCCGCAGCCUCAGCUACGUGAUCCAGGGCAUGGCCAACAUCGAGAGCCUGAACCUGAGCGGCUGCUACAACCUCACGGACAACGGGCUGGGCCACGCGUUCGUGCAGGAGAUCGGCUCCCUCCGGGCCCUCAACCUCAGCCUCUGCAAGCAGAUCACCGAUAGCAGCCUGGGCCGUAUAGCCCAGUACCUCAAAGGCCUCGAGGUGCUGGAGCUGGGGGGCUGCAGUAACAUCACCAACACAGGCCUGCUGCUCAUCGCCUGGGGGCUGCAGCGCCUCAAAAGUCUCAACCUGCGCAGCUGCCGACACCUCUCCGACGUGGGCAUCGGGCACCUGGCGGGCAUGACCCGGAGUGCGGCUGAGGGCUGCCUGGGUUUGGAGCAGCUCACUCUGCAGGACUGCCAGAAACUUACCGACCUGUCCCUCAAACACAUCUCCAGAGGCCUGACCGGGCUGAGGCUGCUGAACCUCAGCUUCUGCGGAGGCAUUUCUGACGCAGGCCUCCUGCACCUGUCCCACAUGGGGAGCCUGAGGAGCCUCAACCUGCGUUCCUGUGACAACAUCAGCGACACUGGCAUUAUGCAUCUGGCCAUGGGCAGCCUGCGCCUCUCUGGGCUGGAUGUGUCCUUCUGUGACAAAGUGGGCGACCAGAGCUUAGCUUACAUUGCCCAGGGACUGGAUGGCCUCAAAUCCCUUUCCCUAUGCUCCUGCCACAUCAGUGAUGAUGGCAUCAAUCGUAUGGUUCGGCAGAUGCAUGGGCUCCGCACCCUCAACAUUGGGCAGUGUGUUCGAAUCACUGACAAGGGCCUGGAGCUGAUUGCUGAACAUCUCAGCCAGCUCACCGGCAUUGACCUCUAUGGCUGCACUCGAAUUACCAAACGGGGACUAGAGCGAAUCACUCAGCUGCCCUGCCUCAAGGUGCUCAACCUGGGACUCUGGCAGAUGACUGAGAGUGAAAAGGUCAGGUGAGGGCAACAGUGCUAGGCCCACUCCCUUCCCUUCUCCUUUCCUUGGUGGACUGUUUGCAGAAUAUCCCAAUGGAUGAAAGGGGGGUGAUGACUAGCCACCACAUUAAUUUUCUCUUCCCUUCCUUGUGCCCCUUCAAGCCCAUUCUAGCCUGGCAUUUGAGGCUGGAAACAGAUCCAGCUUUGUCAUUCCUCUGCUACACCUCCCCAGCCAUUUCCUUUACACUGAGGAUGGGGACAGACCCAGUCACAUAGAGCCACCCUUUUUGCAUAGGAAUUGAAGACUCAUUCAGCUGCCAGUACCCAUACCACCUUUCAUUUGGGAGUAUAGGGUGGAGGAGGGUAAAGUGACUAGUCUCUUUAAACCAGGGGAGUUGCUGAAGAAUCUCUGCCUUCACUUAUGCAUUUAUUUGAAUACUGUGAUCUGGUUUUAUUUUGAAGUGUAUAAAAAAAGCAAACCCAGCUACUACAUCCUCCUCCACUUGUGUUAACUAAUCCUGGUCUCUUCUCAUUAUUUCUUCUUUUAUAGAAAAUCUGGUAUCCAUGCUAUUGUUCCUUGCUUUUUUCUUAUUUUGGAAGACAUCUGAAAUCCUUGUGGAUUUUUAGGUACCAUUCUUUUCUGCUGAGUAUAUCCUAUAUAUUAUAUAUAUGUGUAUGAAAUAUAUAUAAUAUAUACAUUUAUAUAUGUCUGGCUACCUCGUUUAGUUUACUUUUUUUCUGAAGCCCUGGAAUUCUUACAAGAAAGAUAUUUUGAGACUGAAACAUUUUUGUGCCUAGACUGGAAAGAGACCCCCUUUGGGUUUGUAAGUCUUUUUUGUUUUCAUUUUCCUAAAUGCCCCCAUCCAGUGUAUCUCACUUCCAUAUUCUGACUAUAAUUUUCUCUUUCCUCCACAGUGAUUGGAGGACCCAACUCUAUUUCUGAAUCUUGACUUAAUUUAUAGCACAAAUGUAUAGGGAAAAUGACGACUGGACUGUUUUUUGUUUGUUUGUUCUUUUGGUUUAAAGUGAGAUGCAGAUUGUGUCUUGAAAAUGAUUAUUAUAUAUGCAAAAACUCUACCCUCUUCCCCAAACCCUUCUUCCAAAUUUCCCUACUAAGGAAAAAAAAAAAGGUCACAGAGACUUCCUAAUUGGGAGGAGAGAAAGGUGCAGAGCUGGCCUGUAGAACCCAGGGGCUGUAAUGUGAAGGGGGAGGAGACUGAAAUUCAUGUCUUAUCUCAGUUCAGUCAAUAAAAUGGAGCUCAUGGGUUUUUUAAAAUUCUGUUUCUAAAUGGAGGAAUAGAUGAGUUUGGUUUAGGGUUUUUUGUUUUGUUUUGUUUUGUUUUUGGUGGUGGGUGGGAAUUGUGGCUUUAAAAAAUGUUUACUUUUUGUGUAGGGAGGGCUUUUUUUUUUUUUAAGACUCCUCCACAGUAAUAGGCCAGAUCACAGAGUUAAAACAAACCCAGAGACCCUAUCGAUUAAUUGUACUGUUUGUGAAUUUGUAUAAAUAAUAACAAAGAUCCUCUUAAAAACAUUUUAUAUUCUUACAGUAAAAGGUUAAACUGAUAUUUAUAUAAUAAAAAGAGGAAAUAUGAAAUAUGUUUUUGAAAAAAUCAGUCUAUCUGUGAAUUAUUUUUAAGGCACUGUGUGUUGAUUUUUGUAUACUUUAGAGUAAAAGGAAAUAUGCAUUUUGUGUGGAUAUAUAAUAAUAGCCUUAC